GCAAGAGGGAGAGAGCGAUUGCUGGCUGCUGCGCCUCCUUUGCAAACUUUACAAAGCACGAUACUGGGAGGAGGAAGAAGAGAGGGGAAGAGUGCCCACUAUCUUUUCGUGUGCUAGUCGCAAGAAAAGUCGCUUGCUCGUGAGUGUAGGAGAGGGGGAAACGCCGAGGCACUGCUGACUUCUCCAUCCACGCACCUAGCCCAAAGGGGACCUACCCACUUGGUUGCGAUGCAUCUCUUCUCCUCGCCGCCGGUUCUUCUGGGGCUCGCCCAGCUGCAAGCAUGCCUCUACUGGAGCUGCCUGUUGUGGUUGCCGGCCGGCGGGCAGCCGCAGAGAAACGCACCACCACCACCCCCUCCCGCCGCGUGGAGGCAAAGGAUUCAGUGGGAGAACAACGGGCAGGUGUACAGCCUCCUCAGCCUGGGCUCCCAGUACCAACCGCCGCGGCGCAGGCACAGCCAGGGCCCCGCGCAAGGCGGACACGUGUUGCUCCUCAGGGGCAACGGCACCACUCCGCGCCGAGCCCAAGCGGCGCCCGCCGGCGAAGGCGCCACCGCCAGUACGACCAGGAGGCCGGAGCCGCGGCACUGGUUUCAGGCGGGCUACCAGCCCUCGGCGGGCACUAAUGGCGGCGGCGGCAGGGGCCACAGGACUCAACCCAGCGGAAGCUCUCAAAGGGAGCCCCAGGCGCGUCGUCUCGAGAGCUCCCCCUCCAGGGCGGGCAAUGGGAGCAGCUCGCCCCCGCUGAGCAGCCUCCGGCCUCCGCGCCGGGAAGAUGGCAUGGUGGGCGACGACCCUUACAACCCCUACAAGUACACGGACGACAACCCCUAUUACAACUACUAUGACACCUAUGAACGGCCCCGACAGAACGGCCCCCAGCGGCCGGGCUACGGUACCGGCUAUUUCCAGUACGGUCUUCCUGACUUAGUACCGGAUCCUUAUUACAUCCAAGCAUCUACUUAUGUCCAGAGGACAUCCAUGUACAACCUAAGGUGUGCUGCUGAAGAGAAUUGUCUGGCAAGCUCAGCUUAUAGAUCAGAUGUCAGAGACUAUGAUAACAGAGUGCUUCUGAGAUUCCCUCAGAGAGUGAAAAAUCAAGGCACAUCAGAUUUCUUACCAAGCCGACCACGAUACUCUUGGGAGUGGCACAGCUGUCAUCAGCAUUACCACAGUAUGGAUGAGUUCAGCCAUUAUGACUUGCUUGAAGCAAGCUCACAUAGGAGAGUAGCUGAAGGACACAAAGCAAGUUUUUGUCUUGAAGAUACUUCUUGUGAUUACGGAUACUAUCGACGAUACGCAUGUACAGCACAUACACAGGGAUUGAGUCCUGGUUGUUACGACACUUACAAUGCUGACAUAGACUGCCAAUGGAUUGAUAUUACAGAUGUAAAGCCUGGAAAUUACAUAUUGAAGGUUAGUGUAAACCCUAGCUAUUUGGUACCAGAAUCGGACUACUCCAACAAUAUCGUACGUUGUGAUAUCCGUUAUACUGGCCACCAUGCAUAUGCCUCUGGCUGCACAAUUUCACCAUACUAAGAUGAAAGAAAAUGUAUACACCAUUGCUGAAGAUUUCUAGAGGAAGUUAUUUCAUAAACUGAAAUGGGAUGUAAAAACUUUUGAAAACUGAAGAAAA